GAACAUGUUCAAGAACGAUUAUCAGGGUGGGGCUUUCUUUGAGGUGUUUUCACCACAACAGAAGGAUGGCCUUUCACAAUGGAAAGUGUCUGGAACUGUUCCCAUGAAGUAUGAUAAAGAGAUCAAAAGCUACUGCUGUUAUUUGGAUGGGGUCCCAGCCACAACUAAAAUGCAGCUUCCAAAAGAUCCCAGAACAUCAUUACACCUCGUUCAGCCCUACUUAAUUCUUCAAGUAUACUUAAAAAAGGCUGCAGACUUCAGUAUGGAAUUAGGUUUGUCUGAUAUUCACAACAACAAGCGGCGUAUACAGUUGUCCACAGCACAGAAGGACCUGAAUAUCAACCCACUUCAUGCAAGGGUACCACUGAGGAUUAUCAGAACUGGAGUCUGGUUGAACCUGUGUAUCAGCCUGGUGUCCAUGGUGGGGGACACCUGGAGAGGAGAGACGUUCAAAAUGUUGGACAGCCUUACUUUGUCAGCUAACUGUAAGCUAAGGAGAAUCUUCACUAUGAGAGUGCAGCCUCCUGAUACUGUUGGAGAUGAUGAGCUGUAUGGCUGUGCAUCCAGUAACUCCGGACAGCUGGAGAACAUUCCUAAGCAAGCCCAGUUUGCAUCGGAUGUCUCACAGUGCACACAGUUGCUGACAAUAGACAAGAUUCGGCAUGCAGAGCAGCUCAGGGGCGGGGAUGUCCGCGGAUCUAUAAAUAGUACUAUCGAGUUAGAUUUGAAUGCCAGCGGCAGAAGGUCCUCAGCCAACGGCAGUAACGACAACUUCCAUAUUGCAUUUGGGUCUAAAGUGUCUGGAGUCAGGACCUCACAAACUGCUGGAAAGACAUCAGCAAGAGAUGUAGGCAAUCAGUCAAACAGAAGCAUACAAAACAGUUCAAGAGCAGAAGAUAGUCCAUUUUCUUCUGGAUUUCAUGAAAUGUCAAGUAGCAAAGAUAUCCUGACUACUAAUCAGGAACCAGGCUCUGGGUCAUUGCGACCGAGGGUGCCUCAGGGUGGGGAGGGGGGUGGGGACGGGGUUAGGCGAGUUCCCAACCCCCCUGAUAAGCCAGCCUCAGUGCGGAUAGGUCACCAGCGCCAGUUCUCAGAUCCAGCCAAUGUUGUUGAGAGGGAUCCAGCCACAAAAACGUUCAAUGUGGAGGUGCCCCAUGUUCAGCCCCACCCCCCUAGGGAGCCAUCACAUGAUCGGGUGAGGCGGAGACCAGCCAGGUUUAAAAAUGGGAGCAGCAACGAGCGCCCAACAAAAUCUGCCUCACAGAAAGAUGAAGGCCUAGGCACCAGUGAAUCAUCCAUAUCAACCACUCAGCAGUCUCCAUACCAGGAGGCGCGGCGGUUCCGGGUCGUAUCCGAUACUGACCUCAAUACCAGCGGUAGCAGUAAUGAGUCUGGUUCUAGACAGACCUCUGCUGAAAUGCUCAGGAGACAGGUCUCAAAUAGUCGAACUUCCAAGCCACCACAGAAAGAAUACAAGCCGUCCAACUAUGAGUCUCAGGACGUGGAGGUGUACGACUCGGUGUCUGACGUGAUCCAGAUUCUGAAGGCCAACAUGGGCCUCGAUGCACAGAUAUCUGACCAUGAGGACGGGCAGUCCCUCGAGAGUGACGGUGAGGAGAAGGGUGAUACAUACCUGUUUGUGUCCCAACCUCAGCCUGCACCAAGACAGAAAAAUGCCUCACCUCUUUCACCACUAGUGGAUAAAGAAUUACAAAAGAAUGUAGACACAUCUAAGAAUUCUAAAUCAAGACAUACAAGUUCAUCAAAAUCAAGAGGUCCAAGACCUGAAGAAGACUUUGUCAAUGGCAGUGCAUCUAGCAGUGAUGAUGAGAGAAAAUAUGGUGUUAAUAGACAAGGGUCUCGUCCUAAUAGUGGCAGCAGACCAAACAGUGGUAAUCGGCCUAAUAGUGGUACCCGACCUUCUAAUAGUGCGCGACCUAAUAGUGGAAAUCGACCUAAUAAUGAUGUGCGACCCAAUAGUGGAACAAGACCUAAUAGUGGUUCUCUUCCUAAUAGCAGUAUUAAACCCAACAGUGGCAGUAAAAAUAACAGUGAACUACGAUCUUAUUCUUCUCACAAUGCUACUGGCACUAGUCGACCACCCAAUCCCAGUAGUAAAUCCAGCAUAAAUGUUGCUGAAAAACUCUCACAGACAAAUGGUGGCCAAAUGCUAUUGAGUGACUCAAACUAUGUAAAUAGUGGAAAUAGGGAUAGUCAAGGUACAUUUAACACAGAGAAAACUGCUGGUAUUUCCAUACCUAAACUAACAAGUCUUACAAACGGUGCAGAUGAUAGUGAAGACUUGGUUCCUGUGACGGCAGAUAGCCCUACUUUCACAAAAGGAUUUACUGAUAGGAGUUACAUAUCAAGAAUUAGCAAGACUAAAGUAAGGGAGAUUCCAAUGUCAGAUGCAAGGAUUUCUCAAACCCAAGCAGAUGAAAAACCAUAUGACUUCCAAAAAUACAAGUACGAUAAUGAGCUGACUGAUUCUCAGGAGAUGGAAAUGUUAGCUGCCAUUCAGGGAGCAAGAAGCGUGGACUUUGAACCCACAAACAUCAUGUCUCCACGGGCAAACCAUGCAACAAACACCAAACCGACUUUUGUUAUCACAGACCCUGGAGAGUUACACAAUGGGAAAGCUUUCCAGAAGGUAACCGGCCCAGAAGGUCAUAUGACCCAAAGGUCAAACGAAAGGUCAAGGUCGAGGGCUAGCAGGGAGACUGGGACUGAGUCCCCCACCAUGAUCAGCGAUGAUGACACCAGCUUCAGCACUUGGAAACCUCCUCAGUCACAUCAGAAGGGAAGCCUUCAUCCUGCGAUGUUCAUGGACAGUUCAGAUACCUAUAACUCAAGAGAGUUCAGCGGUGUGUGCAGUCCACCUGUUCCACUGAGAGGAGCACCGGGCUCCAACUCUCUGGAUGACAUCUCCUUACUUAGCAACCCCUCACCAAGGAAACAAAUUACAGGUUUUCUAUUUUCAGGCGAGUCAGCGAAGAACUACUGAUGAUGAAGAAGAGCUUGACUUGCUGUAUGACUCUCAGAUUAAUUGCUACUAUGACCCCAAAACAUACAAAUACUAUGAGCUGAGCUAAAUCAUUCCACUACAGCUAAUGAUUGUCCUUUCAAGCUGCUUGUUAAAAUUUACAUUAUCAUUAUGAUUUUACUUAAAUAAACUUGUCCGUACCUUAUAAAUAAUAUUCAUGGAUAUAAAGAUAACAUUGAUAGACAUGUGUGUUUAAAUUCUGGUAAUCAUAAUGUUAAUAAUCACAAAAUCAUAACAAACUAGGACCGAACGAUUUCAUUUUAUAAUAGCGCGAGUUUAACAAUCUUAAAAACAUGUGUUGUGAUCUAAUGGCCUUAGAAAGAGUUGUGCAAAUGAGCAAAGUACAUUGCCAAAAUAUGUAUGCAUUAUUUUGAUUACAUACAAAUCUUUUAGUUGAAACCAUGUUUUCAUUUAUUUAUGAGUGGCAGACAAAAGACAACUACAAAAAGAUUCAAACUAACCCAUUACCAUGUUGUUUUUGUAGUUUAACCCAUUUAUGUCUAGUGGACUCUCCCAUUCUUCUAAAUUGGAUCAAUUUAUUUCCAAAAUUAGGGAUGUCUAGUAUAUUUAUUGCUAUAUUUAGAAUAUUUCUUACAGAAAUUACUUUAAGCAAUCAGCGCAGACCCUGAUGAGACGCCGCAUUAUGCUGCGUCUCAUCUGGGUCUACGCUGUUUGCCAAGGCCCUUUUUCUAUAAGCUAGGCAUAAAUGGGUUAAACAAAGAAAUAGUCAGUUACUUUUGAUAAGAUUGAGCUGUUGUGGGCACUUGCGUUGUUAAGUGUUGUUUUAGUGGAUACGAUUGUUUUAAAGAUAAUUGUUUUCCUCCUUAAGAAUAGAGAAGAUACAUGUAGAAACAAGUUUACCAUUAAGUACUGUUGAACAACAUAGAUUAAACAAGUGGUCGACUGCUCUCAAACAGAUGUUUAAAUCAACACUAUUUGCUAGUUGCCACUUGAGAUGAAAACAAAUGUUGUGACACACUCUUGCCAUACUGUUUGUUUCAAACUGAGAUAUAAAACUUAGGUCAAUAGAUUCGUUUUACAGAAGAAAGUUGCUGAUGUCGUGGAUAUUUCACUUCACUGUUGUAAAGCGAAAUUUCUGUAGACACUAUAUAGUUGCAUCUCGCGCAGGCUUUUCGUCUGUUAUCAUAUGUGAUAUAAAACCCAUUGUAUGCAAUAUGUUUGGCACAUUUUAUUGUUUGCACCUGUGAUAGUGUGUGUACUUGUGUAUUUAUUUUGUUAAUGUGUUUGAAUACAAUUCAUGUAUUUGAUAUUCAAUGGACAAUGUUAAGUGUGAAAAAAUAGGAAAAAUAAAUGAUCAUGAACUACAA